AUGAGGGAUCCCCCCCCCUCUUUAUGUGGCGUCCUCUGUUUUGGAGGGCAAGGCAUGGCGCGUGGCAAGUUUCUUGCUCCGCUCCCGGGAGACCCAACUUCGGGGCACUUGGCGGCGGCGCCUCUUGGCUUUCCACGAGCCUCCGGAGCCGAGGCUGGGCGGGACGGGAGAGCUUCCCUCCGCCCCCGGGAGGCCGGGCAGGGCGGCUCUGCGGGGCCGAGGAGGUGGGGAAGCGCCUGGGCUGGAGCGGAGGAUCCAGUGCGCGCAAGUGACGCUGCGGUAAGUGAGCCCUUUGGGCGCUUUCUUCCUUUCCCCGCUGCUCCCGCCCGCCAUGGCCUCGAUCCUUUUCUCACGUCUCUUCUCGUCCGUCUGCAGGGCAGCUGUCGCUUCGGCUGGAGGAAAGGUGCGCGAGGGGAAAGCGAGGUAGGCUGAACAAGACUCGGGGCAGAUCCCUCUUCUGCUUCGAUCCCGGGGUCCUCUGCAGGAAAUGAUUGCAUUUCCUAGGAAUGGUCUGCAAAGGGGAUCAGCAGUGGUAAUAGUUCAGAUGGAUUAACUGAACACCUAAACUGGAUUAACCUGCUCAGUUUGGGCUCCAACUCAGAGCUUCCUCGGAGCGUAACUUUAUUUAAUGUUACACAGAAAGGUCACCACUUAAUUAAACAAAAAACAAAUUCAGGCUGCGUAGAACCGUUCAUCCCUAAUAUAUCAUAUCUCCUAAAUAAUGUUUGAGGCCUGCAGUAAGGACUCAACUAAGGUGAAUUAUUUCAUCUUUUUCAGCUAAGAGGGCAUCCUGAUUAAUUGGCCGGCAGAGUUUGUAAAAGAUGGUGAUUCUUUCUAAAACAACGACAACAUUGCUGGCAGGUGCCAUCUUAGAAGAGGAAUUCUUUCUUCCUCAGGAAAGGAGGGAAUGCCUCUUUGCACACUCAGGUCUGCUGUGCCAGGUGCCAUUAAAGCAAAAUGCCUUUUCUUGGUUAAUAUUCAAAUUUACGUAUAAAUAAUAAGAUCAGAUAGAUCAAAAUGUAUACAAUUAACAAUACAAUUCAACCCCUAAGGCUUGUUUGUUAGUGUGAUAGUUCUACAAAUGUUACAUGCUUCAAAGGCAAACAGUCUCUCCCUGGCUGUGGAGGAGCUUUGCUCGGCUCCAGUCGGACGCCAUUUGGCCUAGAGAGAAUAGCCAAACACGAUAGUCUGCCCUGGAGGUAAAUUGUGGCGUGCAGGCCCUGUUCUUGUUUCCUGGAUUGCACUUGCACUUGUUGGAUGAAAAACAGGAAGAAGAAUACUCUUGUGAGAAGGCUGCAUGUUGACUCCCUCUAAUAGUGAAACCGCCUGCAGUUUCACCUGCUCUUCUUCUUAUUUUGGUCUGCUUUUGUCUUAGAGUCUGACAACAACGUAUUUGUUCAUAUUUCAGCUAGCAGUUUGUGUUUUGCUGUUGUGAAAAGAAAACCAGGGUAGCAGGUUUUCCAGAAGCAAACCCUUCUCUUUUAAUGUAAAGAAGAUUUGGAAGUAAGCAAAUCAGCAUAUUAAGAUGAACGUUCAGUUUGCAGCAUCUCUAAAUUUUGAAAGCUUAAAAAACGCAGGCAAACUCUUCCAUGGCCAGUGCAGCAUUAUCCUUACGCAGAAUCAGAAUCAGAAUAAUAUCAGAUAGCAUAUUAUUGCUAUUAAAGGGUGGCAAUUGCCAAUUAUAAUAGUACUGUAAUAUUUUUACCAACAUUGGGGCACUACUUGGAUUUUAUUUCUCAGGCACCAGAAAGUCUUGGGUCAUCUGUAUUUUUCUUGUCUCCAAAGAUCAGUUGUAAUUGCUUUAUCAAGCCUCACCACUAGUCUAGUCCUCUCCCAUCCUCCCUCUUCUUUUCCUUAUUUGUAGAAUUAGAAAAUGUAGAUAUAGGCUGUGUACACACUCGACCUUUAAAGUACAUUCAAAGCACAUUCUUUCCCCCAAAUAAUUUUGGGCACUAUAGUUUGUGAAGGGUUGCUGAAACUGGCAACUCUGUGAGGGAUAAUUUACUGUGCUGAGAAUUAUUUGAGGGAAAUGACGAGUGUGUUUUGAGGGUAGAGUGUGCACAUCUUCAGGCCCUUUUCAGAAUGCAAAGUGCAGAUUGCAAUAUCUCCUUCUCAAGAUGAAUUCUUAAAGCAGCAGUUCUUAAAGCACUUCCCUUCAGAAUGCUCUCAUCUUGGGACAGGGCAGUUAGCAAGAUUGAGAGGCGGUCUGACGCUUCUGCACUUCUUCUCCUGCCAACUUCUAGUCCAUGUACAACACAUGUACAAAACAAUACCUAAAGUGGGAGAUACUUCUACAGAUGUGAUUAUGGCCACUAGCUUAAAUGACAUUUUAGAAGGAUUAGACCAGGUAUCUUCAACCUUUUCAGGCCCAGGACCCACUUUUAACCCAAACAUGCAUUUGGGGGCCCAUUUCUUAAAUCUUCUUUGCAUGAUGGUAUUUUUCCCUGUUGCAACCCAUCUUGGAUCAGGCCACAAUGCACUAGUGGGCCUUGAUCCACCAAUUGAAGACCAGUGGAUUAGACAAUACUAGUGAAGGAUGGAUUUCUUAGCAGUGAUUGGCAGGCCAUGAAUGAAACCUCCAUAGGCUACCACCAGAUACUGGAGACAAUGACAAGGUUGCAUGUUGUCUUCAUGAUUGGCUGCAAACAUCCAACCUUCUCUCUGGUUACUUUCAGGAUAAGCAAGGCUGGGCUACUUGGAACGUGAUUUAGGGAGGCAUUUCUUCUGUGUGCAGUGGAGGGAGGAGGAGCACAAGACUCCCCGGCAGGUUCCUAAGAGUUAAAUUGCGACUGAAAUGUGUGGCUCAAUUCCAAUUUUUCAGAACACUCCUAAGUAAUUCCCCAUUGCUGAAUUCUCCAGAGGAAGCCCCAGACCCAAAGUUCUAUGUCACGUGAAUCACCAUGGUUGGUAUUCUGGGGACAAUCAAUGCGGAAGGGAUGUUGCCUUCCUGUAUAGUUUGAGGGAAGACUGUAUUUGAAGAUCCCGGGGUCUGAAAUCCUGGAAAGCCCCUGUCACAGACCCUUUGGUGUCCAUCAAGUUUCCCUGCCCUUCCUGAUUUUUCAAAAUUGAGACUUUUUUGGGGGGCGAGGAGUAGUAAGCAUUGCCAGUUUUUCUUGCAUGGAGUGGGUAUUUUGCUAUGCCCCCAGACCCCAAAGGUUCAGAGGUUCCUGGUGUAGACAAUACGGAGCUCAAUGAACCAAUGACAUAACCUGGUACAUAGGAGCUAGCUAACCUGUGUUCCUGUGCCUAUGAGUUUCUGCAGGGAGGGCAUCUAAGUUGCCACUGUUAGCAAUGCUAUGCUUGCCUUAGAUGGACUUUGGGGCUGAACCGACCGGGGCUUCUGUUUUCAUUAUAGCAUGAGGCUUCAUACACAACCACCUGUUUCAUCUGAUUAGGAACUGGAGUGAAACAGUGAAGCACAUGUGCAGUUGGAAUGAGAAAGAACGGAAGACGAGACACAUUUAACAAGUUGAGAACGGAGAUAACAGAAAUAAAAAGAACAAACCCAACCUGUUAAUUAGGGCAUGACAUUUGAUUAUAAAGUAUAAUCAGUAUUUGCGCCAGCAUCAAAGCAGAAACAUCAAGCUACUGAAAGAACAAAUAGGAGUCAGACUUAAGCGUUUGUAAGGGAAAUUAUGCCUCCUUGAAAUGGGGGUGGUGGUGCUUGAAGGACGCAGUGCUAAAACUACUCCUCAAGAAACCAUCCCUGGAUUCGGAAAAUCUAACUCCCGGCCAGUUGCCAGGCUCCCCUUCUUGGACAAUGUACUUGAGUGGGUGGUUGUGGACCAGAUCCAGGGGCGUAAGAAGGGGGGUGCGGUCUGCCCCAGGUGCCACCCUGACGGGGUGGGUGUGUGACAAAAUGGCGGGUGGCACACUGCGGGGCCUGCAGCGUGCACGAGCCACGCGUCUCGGCACCCACAGGCUCUGCGCUGUCCGCCUGCUGCCCCCCCAGCUGUAGGGCGGCUGAGGCCCCGCGCGUCCCGUCCCUCCCUAAGGGCGCCCCGUGCUCCAUGCCGUCCCUAUGGGCGCCCCGCCCUGCCCCCGCCGCCCCAGGUGCCCAAGAGGCUUCCUCCACUGCUGACCAGAUCCAUGCGCUCUUGGAGGAAACUGAUUUUCUAGAUCCAUUUCAAUCAGGGUUUGGGCUUCGUUUUGGCAUAGAAACUGUUUUGUAUGAUUCCUCUGUGAGGAGAGAGACAGGGGAAAUGGAUCCUUAUUAAUUCCUUUUAGUGGCUUUUGAUACCAUCAACCAUGGUAUCGUUCUGGAGUGGCUCUCUAAGUUAGGGAUCAGUAGCUCCACUUUGCAGUGGGAUGGUCGUUCCCAGAAGGUGAUUCUUAAGGGAGUGUUUUUCAGCCCCGUGGAGCCUCCAGUGUGGGGGUCCUCAGGGUUCAGUUUUAUCCCUCGUGCUGUUUAACAUCUACAUGAAAUUACUGAGUGGGGUCAUCCACAGUUUUGAAGUACAGUGGUGCCUCGCAAGACGAAAUUAACUGUCUGUGAGUAUCUCAGCUCUAGUGGUUCUUUACAUCUGCAGGUGAGGCAGUGGAAGUGCUGGACCAGUGUCUUGCCUCAGUAAUGGAAUGGAUGAGAGCCAACAAACUGAAGCUCAAUCCAGAUAAGACCAAGGCGCUGUUAGUAGUGCUCUUUUAGUGAGACUAGGGUGGCGCUGUGGGUAAAACCUCAGCGCCUAGGACUUGCCAAUCGCAUGGUCGGCGGUUCGAAUCCCCGCGGUGGGGUGAGCUCCCGUCGUUCGGUCCCAGCUCCUGCCCACCUAGCAGUUCAGCGGGCAUCUCCAAGUGCAACUAGAUAAGUAGGCACCGCAUCUAUGCAGGGCAGGUCACUGUACGUUGCCAGUGAAUGCUGCGCUGGUGCUCAGCUCGCCAGAGCAGCCUGUUACGCUAUGCCACGUGAGACAGCGGAAGUGUCUCCGGACCAGCGUCUGGCCUCCAGCCUCUUGGACUGAGAUGAGAGCGCACAACCCUAGAGUCGGACACGACUGGCCCACACGGGCAGGGGUACCUUUACCUUUAGUGAGACUUAGUCAUUGCAUUUAUGAAAUAGGGGGGAAAUCAUGGAAAUGAAAGUUAUUGUCAAAAACUCUCUGUAUAAGAGACCGCCUACUCUGAAGUAUUAGGUCUGUCUUAAGUGUUGUAGCACAUCUUCUCAGAAGUCUGAAACUUCUAAGAAGGAGUGGAAGUUUAUAAAGAGUUGUCUCAUGCUGAGUAGGGCAGUUGGUCCAUCUAGGCUGUGUACACACGGUACCUUUAAAGCACAUUUAAAGGCCCUCAGAGAAUUCUGAUUGCUGUAGUUAACCCUUCCUAGAUACAAUUCCCAGCAACUCUUGACAAACUACAGUGUCCAGCAUUAUUUGAAGGGGGAAAUGGGCUUCAAAUGGGCUUCAAAGGUAUAAUUUGUAAGUUCUCAGGAAGAGAUCCUUAUCUGCUGCCAGAGAUCUCGCCAGUUGGAAUCUGGGACCUUCAGUAAGCAACACACUCUAUCGCUGAGCUUGUCUUUGGCCCUCUUCCUAUAGAAUAGAAUAGUUCCAGAAAAUACAGAAGUUGGUUGGUCCCAAUCUGAAAAUGUUUUCUGCUGAGGGAAAUAUGUUUACCUGCUUCCAGUGUUAGUCAACCAGGAAAUAAAAAUGAAUAUAUUCACGUGACUUAAGAGUAAAUAGCACUUCACCAUAGUUAGGUGGAAGUCACUCUUAGUGAAGCUCAGUAAAUAGAUUAGACCAGCCUUGCAAAUAACAGGUGGUUUCAUACUCCUUGUUUCACUUGCCUUCGUUUCUCCUCCCAUGUCAGGUCAUGCAACUUUCUGAAUGCAAGAAUUGGUGCAUUUCAGCAUGCGUGCCUGUUACACAGGCCAGUGUAAUUGUUUAUAAGAAUAUGCUUUACACUGUGUGUAAAACCACUGAGAUAUCUGGAAAUAUGGAUGCUGCAUAGCAUUCAGGAUGGGAAAUAUGGCGGCAGGGUCCUCCCUCCUCUCUAAAUAGUGCCUUGAGGCAGUGUAAGAACCCCCCUUGGGGUGUAUGGGGUGUUAGAGGAGGGGUAGUACCUCUGGUGGGGGACACGCCAUGCUCCUUCAGGGGUAGUUUAUUCACCUUUGGUUCCCACCCUGCACUCAGCUCUCUCCCGUGGCUCCUAGAAGAUGCCAGCAGGCGACAGCGGCCACAAUCCCGGGAAACGGCUUGGAGUGGCCAGCUAAACCAAGUAAGGGGUAGCCAUGCGCAGCCGCAUCCUAUGCCCUUUUCAAAUGGGUGUAUUUGAUGUGGGUUGUUUUUUAUUUUGAUUCUGCAUUUUGUGGUUUUAUAUUCUGAUUUUAUUCUGUGAACCACCCUGAGACCUGCGGGUAUCAAUUCAACAAAUGCAUAAGAGUAGUGGGUCUCAGACCCUCGGGGAGUCAGGGACUGCGUCUGUAUGCCAAGUCAGGCUCCGGUGGACCAAGCAGGUGAGACCGACAGUGGGGUCCAGAGGUCAAGAAGGCGGUUUCUGCCCAAGCUGUAGACCAGGGGUCUGCAAAGUUUUUGUGGCUUGGGCCGAUUCACGGUCCUGCAGACGGCGCGGUGGGCCAGAGUGCGCGCGCAUUCAUGCACAAACGCUAUUUCCGGCACCCCUUCCGGCGCAGAGGAGGCGUGUGCAGCUUCCCAUUGGCUGCAGGAGGGGGGUCUAUGGGCCGGUAAAACGACCCCCAUGGGCCGCUUGUGGCCCAUUGGCCUUAAGUUGCCGACCCCUGCUGUAGACAGAAGUGAGGGGCACUUCACAUGUCAAUUGCAACCCUCUGUUAGUGCAGUCUUGUGUCAUCUAUUCAGAGGUAUGUCCUGCUGAGUUCAGUGGUGCUUAUUUACUGGCAAGUGUUCACAGGAUUGCAGCCUAAAGCUGCAGUCCCAUGGAACUUCAAAAUAGCACAGUGAAACGUCUGAAUGAAAUAUGCAUUGGAAUGGACUACACAUAAUAAGCUGGCAGGAACCAAUUUCCGAUGUCAGCCAGAGUAGUAUUGCAGAGCAAGGAUGAGAUAAAAAAGUUGAGGGAAUGCAUGAAUGUUCAUUGCAGAAGAAAAUCUGCCUGAGAGUUAUUCAAGCUGUGUUAGGAAUUGUUUUAAAUAUAAACAGUGUUUCAAGGUCACUGAGGUUGAUUUGUCAUAGGAAAUGGCACAAGGAAGGGAUGAGACAAUUACUGUUUGUGACCCCUUAGGGAGCUAACUGGGGGUGGGGGAGAAGAUCAUGUCCCCCCCAUCUGAGAUUUUAUGGUUUUGCUGUUGUACAGAAAGUACCUAAAGAGUAAUAAUCUUUGGAAUAUUUAAUUAUGUUUAAUCUCACAAGAUUUAUAUACUGCUUCAUUGUAAUAAAGUCUCACAAAGUGGCAUGCAAACAGAAUAGAGUAACAUUAACAGUGAAAAACAAUUAAAAGCAACUAUUUAAAGCAUUUAAAAAUAAUUAAAAUCAAUGGCAAGCUGAAAACUAGGUUAAAGCCCAUGUCAGCCUUCCAUAUGUCUGGUUAGGCUUGCCUGGACAAACAUGUUUUCAGCAGCCAUGGAGUUUCAAGAGUGGUUGUUGCGGCACUAACACAGCGAUUGCUUAGAAGUGUGGAGCAAGUGUUAUGUGCUUUUAACAUGAAGCUCCAUACAUUUCCCACUGCAUUUAUUCAAAAAAGGCAUCCUUCUGAAAUGGGGUUGUAUUUGCUAAACGGGUGAUGGUAUCAUGUUUUUGGAACGGCAGCAUAUGCCCUGGACCACAUAUGCAAACAGCCACUCAGUUUGUUCCCCAUUAAAAUUUGUGGUUUGUGAAGACACAUGACCAAAUAAUACUCACUCGGUCAAAAGGGCAAAAUGGAAAUACCUUUCUGUCAUUACUUAAAACUUGCUAAAUGUCAGUUAAUAGCUCAGGUAUGUGUGGUUUUGCGGGGGGGGGGGGGGAGGCCAGUGAACUUAAGCACUGUUUGUAUUUUUAUUUGUUCUGGACAAACCUGGAUGAGAGGUUGGAUUAUUAAUUAACAAUAUAAAAAAACAGUUUAACACAACUGAAAACCACAAAAAUAAGGUGGGUCCUAAAAAUAUACACCUGAAGUGUCAAAAGCCAGGGUGAGCAGGUGCAUCUUGAGCUUUCUCCAAAAGCUGACGCACCUCUGUGGGAAGGGUGGCAACAUGAGAACAAACAGGCCUUUUCUGUGCUGGCUUCCUGCUUGUGUGGGGGUGGGGGUGAAUGUUUCAUUUGUUCUUGUGUAUUUUUGUUAUUUUAAAACAGUCGUACCUCGGAAGUUGAACAGAAUCCGUUCCGGAAGUCCGUUCGACUUCUGAAACAUUCGACUUCCAAAGUGCGGCUUCUGAUUGGCUGCAGGAAGCUCCUGCAUCCAAUCGGAAGCCCCCUCAGACUUUCAGCUUUGAAAAGAACAUUCGAAAACCAGAACACUCGUCUCCGGUUUGUGAUCGUUUGGAAGCUAGAACGUUCGACUCCCAAGGCGUUCGGAAGCCGAGGUACGACUGUACUGUAAACUGCCCUUGAAUGAAGGGCGGCAUAUAAAUUUAAUAAACAAAUAAAAUUUGGAGGAAUUGAAAUUGCUGAGUCGUCUUGCAGGGCAGCCCCAUGUAAAGCGCAUUGCAGUCCAUCCCUUCUGGAAGUUAGCAGAACAUGGGAUGCUGUGGCCAAGCCAUCGCUGCCCAACGGGGCCAUAGCUGGCAAACCAUCCGGAGCAGGGAUUAGGCAUUCCUAGCCACUGAGGCUAACUGAGCCUCCAGAAACAGUGAUGAAUCCAGGAGCAGUCCCAGACUGUGGACCUGCUCCUUCCAGGGGAGAGCAAUCCCAUCCAAAGCAGGCCAUCUUCCCACCUCCAGGACAUGAGGACACAAAGCACCCCAGUCUCUGCAGGAUUCAGCAUCUGUUUUGGGAUUCAGAUGUACCUAGUUUUGGAGGAGUGAGUUGCCUUCUGCAAUGACUCACAAACUAUGCCUUUUUGGAAAAAAGAAAUGACUCUGGGAUGCUAGGAAACUUAAGUUGGUCUCUGACUGCCAUCAAGUUACCUGUCUGGAGUGAAGGAAUGUCCUUUGGAUUGUAUGUUGUCACCAGCUCUACUCCUGGAUCUGAUGGAUGUGGGUAGGGCUUGGGAGUGCUUCUAGGGAGGGGCUGCUCUUUAUCAAGCACAAGGCAACCGGAACCUAACUAACUGUGCAAUAAGAACUGUAAGUUGAGCUUGCUCUUUCCCUCCUCUUCCCUCCUCUUCCUCUUUCCUCUUAUGUCAUGCAUUUCUACGUUGCAAAUCUGGGAGCAGGGACCAUUUUAGUACAAAAAGCAUGCCCCAUAAAUAAGUCAGUCAAUAUCCAAUGCGGCAGUCCUUCGAUGAUGUUUACACAAGGGGAAUUUUCUCCUCCUCCUCUCCGCUGCACAAGACUUUCAGGAAGAGGUCUGCCAUGUGGCAUGGUCAAGCUGCAGAAGGAGAGGUAAUUGCAUGGGGAGGGUUGGAUGGAGACUGCAUUGUGAGAGCAAAGCUACCUUCAUCAGGUUCUCCCAACCCUCAGGAGAAGAUUUUCGGUGUGUGUCUGGGUGUGUGUGGUGUAGGGGUCUGCAAUGGGGAAUCCCCUUCUGGGAGUUGCCUUUUUUGAGCAAGAGCAUUGGAGGAAAGUUCUUAAAUAUAAACAGUUCAGGCUUCCAAGCUUGUAUAGGACUACCUGUGGAAUAUGCCUGUUAAUUGAUGCUUCUGAACCCAUAGCUCCCUCCUCCAGAGCAGCUCUGAAGCCCCUUUGAAAACAAUGCUAGUGAUGACAAUGUAAGUGGGUACACUUAUCUGUGGCACUCCAAACUAAAAAAAAGGGAAAGUGCCCUGCCUUUGAUUUUCUGGUGUAUACAUCCGUCAUGCAGAUUUAGAUACGGUGAGGAAGUUAAGCUUUUACCACAGUGCAUGUGAAGAAUGCUCUAGAUUAUGCCUUUCUUCACCCUUGGUUCUGUUUCCUUCCAAGAUACUCUCUCAUAGUGCUGCUGUAUCCUUGGGUCAAGGCAGACUGUACCAUGCUUCUGCUGCAAGGGGACAUCUUCCAGUUGAUUCUCUCAGUGGGUCCCUGUUCUGCUUCCUUUGCUGUGAACAGCACUGCUCCUCUGGAAGAUCUUCUGUUCCUUAAGGGGGCUUAGGGUAAUAGCAUGGCAUCGUGAACCAGCAAGAAGCCAGUUUUUCAGAACAAUUGUCAAGUCAUAGCAAUUUCGGAACAGAAUAUGUGCUGAAUAUUUUGAUAGCAUCCACCAGAUACAGAAGUGAUCUCACCAGACAGUUAUCUGAAAAGUAAUGUAGACAAGUGGAAUUCAGUUGUGCUCGAUGAGCCUGGGCUUAGGGCGCUCUCACUCUGCAGGGUGUCUUUAGUAAGAGAAGAAUUAAUCCAUUUUCAAGCUUGCAAGUCGUUUUUCCGACAUGCCUGGCUUGGUUCCACGAGAGGCUGGGCCUGCAACAUGGCCAAUAUUAGUUCUUGUUCUAUAGCUUUACUGUUACCAAACCUAAGAAUCAUAUACUUACUGAUAUGAUAUAUGCAUUUAAAGUGUUUGAAGCCCGUCACGUAUAUUAUCUCCAUAGUUCUUACAGCCACCCAAUAUAUUUGAGCAGCUUUAUUAGCUGCUUCUUGCAGCUGAGAGAAUAGUGUUUCUAAGGUCCUCUUUUUCAGUCGCCGGCUGAGGUGAGAUCAGAACUGGGGGCUGUCUCGAUUACACAGAGCCACCGAGCUGCGUCACUUCUCUGCAUGCUAAACUGUUCCACCCUCAUUGAUCAUGGGGCACCAGUUUAGGCCUCCUUCCAAAAAUGCAGGGUGGGGGGGGGGACACGGUUUGACUUAAUUCCAGAAGCAAAUAAAGCAUUUAUCUUCCAUGCUAUCAGCAUUCAUUUAAACCGGGCCACCUGGCCACCUUGGAAUCAUAAAUCUGCAUCUUUGAUCCUUGCUUUAUCAUUUUAAACAAGUUGGCUGGAAAACCGCAUGCUAACUUGCAGCUGAAUUCUGGACUGCGUAAGCAAAUAUCUGUGUUGGUUUAUUAGCCAAAGGGAGGGUUAUAUUACCAUAACAGGUGUGAGCUGGCAUAUGUUGCACUUUGCAGUUUUGCCCUGAUGUUGUAUGACUUGUUUGCAUGUCUGAUUUCUUAGGCACGUGGGCUUAUUCUCAGUCCUUUUCAGAAAACAGUUUUGGCUUUGUACAAAUACAGACAUUUCUGCUCUUGUUUUAAACACGUUUUUAAAACGUUCCCGCAAGAGUUUCAGAAUAUUCUCACCCGCACAUCAUAAAUAAAUAAAUAACACACUUAAGAGAAUUAUAAAAAAUCACUAUGAAAAAGAAUGGCAUGGGAGAAUGGGUGAGUGAAAAUUUGGACCCUGGUCUCACAGAUGCUAGGCCAACACUCUUAACUGGCCCGUUUUGCAGAACAUGUUAAACCAUAGUUUGAAGUGAUUUAAUGUGAAUGAGCAACGUAGAGCUGCCUGCUGCUUCCCUCUUUCCUUUCUUUAGCGUGUCUGGGAGGAAACAAACCAAAAGUUGGUUUGCUGCUAUAAGCAAACUAGUGUCUAACAAAGCUGGAGUGGAGUGGAGCUCAUUGUUUUGAGCUGAGCUUUUUGAGCACAUUGCUCAUAGAAGCCUAGAACUGUAGAGCUGGAAGGGUCCACUUGGUUUAAAGUAGGAGCCAACGUGACAUGCGAACAAGGCUGCAAAAAUGGCUCUUUGCCUUGUAGAAAAUUAGAGGCCUAAGUUAAAGUCUAACUUGAUAUCAGAAACGAUAAAAUAUGCCACCGCUCUAUGACCCAGUGAUCCCAGAGAUUCAAUGCGGGUGGCUUGUGAGGAGGCCUUAAUGGUGACGGCAUGCAUCUAGCUUCCAUAGGUUGCUGAAGAUGCACCUUUUUACCCUGGCCUUUGAAAAUAGAAGAAUUUGAUCACUGAGGCUGAUCCCAAGAAGAUUCGGACCUCCUCUCCCUUGGUCUGCUGCAACAGACAAGAAGCAAUGGAGCCAAAGGACACAAUUGUCAUCAAGUCAAGCAGAGGUGAAGAUGCCAGCUGGGCAGUGUCUUCAAACUAGAGCAGAUUGCUCAGCCUGAGGAACUAGCUAGACACAGAUAAGCAGAUGCUGUAGCACGGAUGCACUCUUGAAGUCCAGAGCUCAGUUUACCAGUUUAUUCUGGGUUGCCACUGGAAUUUGGGUGGUUCUUUGGAUAUAUUUAAGAGCAAGCUUGUUUCAGCAGAUGUCUUCAAGCUGAUUUCAGCUGCGUGAUAUGAACGACCUGUUGGUUUUGUGUUGCCAACAGCACAGAUGCAUCUCAAAUGGUUCCUCAUAUAGGCUGUUAUUCAGGUCAGCCAUUCUGUCAACAAAAAGCUUUAGCAACGAAAAGACAAAAGUGUCGAGAAGGGGGCUGAAUUUAGCCUCUGGAAAAGAAGAGGUGUACGCCUGGGAAAACAGUUAAAGCGACAAGCAAACAGUGUCUUACCAGAGACCCACAGAACACUCACUCUGUCAAUGGUAACUGCCAAGCAACGGCUAAGGAUGCCUGAAAAGAUUAUUCGUUUUGCAAAACUGAAAUAUGCAGUUAAUGGGUGGAAUUAACAAUAGCGCUAAGGAGAUCGCUCUGCAAGUGCCGGCAUUUCUGCUUAGUCUGAUGGAGCGACCGCCCCUAUCCACUGUUUGUGGGGUUCUUCCAAGCCCCCCAGCCAACUUGGGGAAGGUGCAGGGGUAGGAAAGGGGAGGGGAGCACCAUUCACUAGUAGGACUCACUCUGGCUCCCAUGAGCACAAGUAGUUAGUUGAAUCCAGCCCAAAGAAACUAACCACUAUCAUUAACACAUUCUUUGGGUUCUGCUGCAGAGUCUAACCUUAAAUGCUAGAUAACCUGCCUUGUAUUCAGACAAAAAAUUUUGUUCGUUUUAGCUGUAGAUGUGUGCCGAAGGCAUUGUUAACCAAUAUGAAAAGAUUAUGUUUAAUUUUAUUACAGCUUCUACAACUAGAAGAAGCCAUGGCCCAAAUGGGACAAAACUCCAGACACUUCCUUCUCUCCAGCCACAACAAUGUCAAUGCAGAAGAGAACAGUCACAACGGAUCUGUAGACAUCGCAGAGCAAAUGGAGAUGAAUAUCAGGUAUCGCAUGGUAUUAACACUCUGCUUUUCCUUCUGGCAACUGUUUGGUUUUUAAGCUUGUAUGAGGUCAGUUCUUACAAUACAUGUUAGAUGAGUAACUAGAGUGAAAAUCCAGUGUUAUCAUUUCUGAUGAUCUGCGUUAUCUAGACCUCAUCAUGAAAUAUCUAGCAGUCUUUCCCGUCUCCAGGUCACAAAUAACAGUCAUUCUUAAGAAGCCCAGCUGUUGCAAAGAGCAGCUGACAAAGUCAUCUUCGCUGCAUUCUCUAGAUACCUUGUCUUUUAAAGCUACUUAACCCACUGAUCAGUGCAUAAAACUCUCUCUCUCUCUCUCUCUCUCUCUCAUUAAAACUGUAUUUUUGUUUGGAAGCAUGGAAUAACUCAACAGCAAAACACACUUAUUUCAAAGAUGUGCCCCUUAUUUUUCUAGUGACUGCCUGUUAAAUUUUACCACACCUUGGCAUAAGAAUAUAAAGACUACAAAACCCUGUGACACACCAAAGAUGUAGCCUUGCAAUUGAGUUCCCCAAAAUGUUUUUAGUCCAUCUGCCCACAUGAAACAGAACAAAGAGGAAAGCAACACUGUUCUCCAAUUUACAAAAAACUUGCAUGAUUCACGUACUCGUAGGCAAUUCUUGCCAUGGGCAAGUGGUCAUUUACUAGCCUGUCUUAAAGACUAACGGUGGAAUCCAGUGCAUGUUACUUUGGGAGAAUUUUGGCCCAUUCUUCUUUACAGCAUUGCACCUUCAGUUCAUUGAAGUUUGCUGGCAUUUGUUUAUGCAUCGCUCUCUUAAGGUCCCGCGCAGGAUUUCAAUUGGGUUGAGGUCUGGACUUUGACUGGGCCAUUGCAACCCCUUGAUUCUUUUCUUUGUCAGCCAUUCUGUUGUAGAUUUGCUGGUGUGCUUGGGAUCAUUGUCCUGUUGCAUGACCCAAUUCCAGCCAAACUUCAGCUGUUGAGCAGAUAGUCACACAUUUGGCUGUAGGAUACUUUGGUAUACAGAGGAGUUCAUGGUCGACUCAAUGACCCGAGGUACUAUUUCUGGGUUAGCGGAGUCUGUAACCUGAAGCAUCUGUAACCUGAAGCGUCUGUAACCCGAGGUACCACUGUACUUGUUCAAUCUUUUUCUAAUUGUACUGUCAUGAACUUUAACAUUUAACUUGCUGUUAAAUAAAUGAUGACACAGCGUAAUAUGUCAUGUGUUGUUGUUCAUCUGAGGUUGUAUUGACUUAAUUUUAAGACCUGCUAAGCAACAAAUGAUUGCUGUUAUGUCCCAAUAUGUAAAACCACAGAAUUCAAAGAGGGUGCACUUUCUUUUUCCCGUGACUGUAAAUAGGGCUUAUAUUCAGUUUCGGAUUGCAGUCUGACAAAUGUUUUGUGGCAUAAGCUUUGCUGGGCUCCUGUCUCCAUUAUCAGACAAAUUCUGUGCGAAUCUAAAUGCUUAUUGGGCACCUAUCAAAUACUUUGCUCUAAUACAACAAAAUACUGCAAUAAAUUCAUUUAGUCUUUAUGGUGAGGAAGACCCACCUCUAGUCCCAGAUUCAACUCUUAGAAUUCGCAGUUGAAAUGAUUUUUCUUGAGACCCUGGCGAAUUGUUAUCAGUCAGAGGAAGCAAUUGUGGGCAAGAUGUGCUGGUGAUCUGACACAGGGUCAGGCCACAUCAUAUGCCCAUCUGCCGUAGGACAUGUGUUAGCGGCAACAGACAGUCACAUUGACUGCUCUUCAAUAAGGACACAAAGGCACCGCUUCUAUUAAGCUUUCCCUUUAGAAAUAACAGCAAACCCUUGAUAAUUCACUUUGUUAUCUUCAGCAAGCAUCAAAGAAUCUUUUUAGGUUAUGUGAUUGAUAAGACCUAAUCAAAUUAGCACAUUGCUUUCCCUCCCGCAAGAGAAUUCUGAUCUACAGCAGAAUUGGAUUUGUAUGGGGGUUUUUUUGAGGUGGGGGUGGGGGAUCAAAUCCUGACCUGACAAUCCAAACUCUGUAUCCCUUAAUUAUCCCUUAGUUAUGCAAAUUAAGGCCGUAUGCAGAAUUUGUCAUAAGGUACUGCAGCCCUACCUUAGCCCUUGUCCCUCAGCCAUUCCGGUGGCUAUUUAGAUUUUAGUGGCUGUUGCCUGCACAUUUUCAAACCUAGCUUCACAGAGUAGUAAAUACAGACUAGAAAGUUUUUUUAAAACAAAAAAUUCUCAGGAGGCUGGUUUCCACAUUAUGUGCCAGUUUUUCCACCACAGAAUCAAAGCAUAGACACAUCCCUGCUGAAACCACCUGGCCCUGCCAGCGUUUUGUGAAAGCUUUACAUGGGGGCAAGGUUGUAAUGAUGUUUCAAGGGGUCGGACAGUUAGAGGCGGUUCUUCUGUAUUUAAUUGUGAUGUUGCUAUAUUUUAUUGUAUAUGUUUUUAUUUAUCUUGGGGACCAUGUAGCUGAAAGGGAGGAUAUGUAAACCUUCUAAAUAAAUACAGGCACCCACCCACCCAUCCCGAUAAAUAAAUCUAUUCAAAUCUGGAAAUGGCAGCAGAGAGCUGGAGAGUCCUCGUGGCUUGUUCCCCAGAAGCCAAAGAUGAUUUUUUCUGUAGUUUAGGACUCUGGCGUUGGCUUGCACACUGCCACCCCCCCCCCCACUGUGCGGCUUCUCCAGCCUCUCUGGGGUCACGGUGCUCUGAGGGGUAGCAGCUCCCCUGGGAAGAACCCCUUCUAUAUCUACCAGAUGAAGGAGAAUGUUCAAGGUAAAGAGAAGAUUUAGAAUGCUUUAAAAGAGCUGCCGCUUCCAAAAUGGCACGCGGGAGCUCUCUGCUCAACAGCGGAUGGGUGGUAAGCCGCUCCUGGCCGGAGGCUCUGCUGUGUGGCUCCCCUGCUCUUCCUGGCAAGAUUGCAGGCAAGGAGGGAAGGAAGGGGGCCUCUCUUGCCCCUUAGAUCACCCAAACAAAAGUGGGGAGGGGGACAGAAAACAGAGCUCCCCAGUUACACACAUUUCACGUCCCUGUGGAACGCCCUCCCACCAGAUGUCAAAGAGAAAAACAACUACCAGACUUUUAGAAGACAUCUGAAGGCAGCCCUGUUUAGGGAAGCUUUUAAUGUUUAAUAUACUAUUGUAUUUUAAUAUUCUGUUGGAAGCCACCCAGAGUGGCUGGGGAAACCCAGCCAGAUGGACAGGGUAUAAAUAAUAAAUUAUUAUUAUUAUAAAUUAUUAUUAUUAUGCAUGGGGGGGGCUGGAACAUAACCCCUGCCUAAGUGGGGAGUUGCCCGUACGUAGAAUAGCCUAAUGGUGGCUUAUUGGACUUCAGGGGGUGGAAGAAUCGCAGCCACCUAGAGAUUUAAAAAACACAUUUAUUUAUUUACUAUUAUUAUUUUGAAAAAUUGCUCCUUUGUAGAUACUUAAGAAUCUCAAGAACUGCCUUGCUUGAUCAGGUCAAAAGUCCAUUUGAUCUAGCAUUCAAUUCCAAGCAGUAACCAGAGCAUGUGAACAUUUCAUAUAGUGAGUAUAGCCACUUAAAGCCAUCUAAGCUAGCGGCCAUCACCCCAUCAGAUGCUGUUAAUUAUAUGUCUCCCAUCGCUGUUCCUUUUUUAAAAAAACUAUAAAGUCCCAACAUUUAGCUGUUCCUCAUAGGGAAGCUGCUCCAACCUCUUGACCAUUUUAAUUCUUUUUCAACUCCCUUAUAUCAUUUUUGAGAGGGCAACCACAAGCUGCUUAUGCAUUAUCUAUGUUCAGUCAUUUAUCAGUUAAGUUGUCUGUUUGCCUGUUAAUUUGUUCAGCAUUGGGACAGAUCUGUAAUGAAGGAUCAUCUUCAUGUGUGUUCAACAUUUCCAGGGCUGCAACCCAAGUUGGACAUCAGCUUGCAAUGAUAGGGGAUGAGUGUAACCGGAUGUACACUGGGAAACGGGAGGAUUCACUGCUUCAUCUUGCAAAGGGGUAAGGUCUGCCUAGGGGGGUUUUCUGUAUUCUAAUUCUGAAAUGCCUUUUCAAUAGCAAGUGCUUUUUAAAUGCUCACCAGUUCGUACAAACAAACAAACAAAACCUCUCUGCAAGUAGAAAAUGCACAAGGCAAGGCGUGGACAAGGCAAUAAACUUUCUUUGUAAGUGCUGCUACUUUUUAUUUGCAUUGUGUGUUUCAUCUUUAAAUGUAGAGGAACAUAAAAAGUAAGCUACCCAGCCUGAAAUUGCAAGUGUUGUGUUCCAUCCUACCACCUUUAUUCCCUCAGAAGGGAAUAAAUUGCCCCUUUGCCUCAGUGCCUAGGAGAGUCCUCAUGGUGCCGAGGUGGCCACUUGUUUGCAGGAUUGCAGUUGGCCACUUGACCAGGGUGCAGAACAAAUUAUUAUUCUGUGAGUUCCUGUCAUCCCCAUUAUUUAAUGUGCUUUUAACUUGUUCAUAAAUGAUCUGCAGUUUGCUUAUAAUACCCAGUUGUUUAGGGCUGUAAAAACUAAAUGAAUUGAGAGAAACUUUAGAGGGAUCUCUGCAAACUAGGUAUUAAAACGGCAAGUGUGAUUCCGUGUAAGCAAGUGUAAAUUAGUCCACAUCGAGGCAAAAAAUAUUAACGGGGUCUGAUGCUGGAGGUGACUGAGCAGGAAAGUGAUCUUUGGAUUCUGGUGGAUCACAGUGAAAAUGUUGAUCCAGUGCAGGCAUAGGCAAACUCGGCCCUCCAGAUGUUUUGGGACUACAAUUCCCAUCAUCCCUGACCACUGGUCCUGUUAGCUAGGGAAGAUGGAAGUUGUAUUCCCAAAACAUCUGGAGGGCCGAGUUUGCCCAUGCUUGAUCCAGUGUGCAUCUGCUGUGAAAAAUGUGGAUGCCAUGUAAGGGAUAAUUAGAAAAGAGUUUGAAAAUAAAACUGCCAAUAUCGCAAUGUUUUUAUAUAACUGUAUGUGGCUUGAAAGCAGUUCUGGUUGCUGCACCUCAAAAAGGAUGUUGUAGAACUGGAAAAGGUGCAUAAAAGGGUUACCAAGCAGAUGAAGGUACUGGGGCAACUCCCCUAGGAGCAAAUGCUACAGUGGUGGGGCUCUUAAGCUUCCAAAAAGGUCAAGGAGUAAAGGGAGGACAUCAAAGAACAUUAUGCAUCUCUGGUGUGGAGAAAGUGAUUAUAGUUUUUAUCCCUCCCUCAUAAUACUAGGCCUAGGUUUGUCCAAUAAAACUUAAUGUUGAAAAAUUAAGGGCACACAAAAAGGGAGUAUUUCUUUGUGCAGAGCAUUGUUAAUCUAUGGAAUUUGUUACCAGAAGCUAGGUAAAGGUACCUCUGACCGUUAAGUCCAGUCGCGGACGACUCUGGGGUUGCGCACUCAUCUCGCUUUACUGGCCAAGGGAGCCGGCAUUUGUCCACAGACAGCUUCCUGUCAUGUGGCCAGCGUGACUAAGCCGCUUCUGGUGAACCAGAGCAGCGCACAGAAACACCGUUUACCUUCCCACCGGAGCGGUACCUAUUUAUCUACUUGCACUUGGACGUGCUUUCGAACUGCUAGGUUGGCAGGAGCAGGACCGAGCAACGGGCGCUCACCCCAUUGUGGGGAUCCGAACCGCCAAUCUUCUGAUCGGCGAGCCCUAGGCUCUGUGGUUUAGACCACAGCGCCACCCGCAACUCCACCAGAAGCUAGGAUGGCUUUAAAAGGUAACUGAAGAAAUUCAUGGAAGAUAAAGCUAUGAAUGGCUGCUUGUCAUUAUAACUAUGACGCCUGCAGAAUCGGAGGCCGUGUGUGUCACGAAGGGGAGGGUCCUGCUUCUAGAUAGGCUUCUAACAGGCAUCUGGUUGGCCUUUGCGAGAUCAGGAUGCUGGACUAGAGAGUCCUUUUCAUCUGACGAAGCGCUGCUGUUACAUUCACAUGGAAGCCACCAGGUGGCUUAUAGACAUCGUAGACAACUACAAUUCUUGGCCGCCGAUUUUUGUUUGAUUGUCUGCAAAGCUGAAUCAUCCAUGUGCUCACAUUUGGCACAGGUUUGACUUGUAAGAAACUGUGGAUUUAUAUGUGGAUAUUUGUAUUGUCUAAGCUGCAUACCUAUGGCCAAACUAUAUGUGACAUUAAAUGUAACUUUGCAUUUAAUGUGCAAUUCUCUUUUCAAUGGCUAAUAAUACCAACCUGGAAAAGAUCAUUGUAAGGGAUCAUUAUGGUGUCAUAGAAGACAGGUUAAGCCUUUCUGCCCCUGCAGAAGUCCUGAGGAAAAUCCCUUCUCCUUGCACCGAGGGGUUUGUGUGUGUGUGUGUGUGUUCCUCACAAUGCCAGUAGCACCUUCAGAGGAGGGAUUUUGAUUUUGCUCAGGAUUGCAGAAGGGGAAAAGGAUUAAAUUCUUAUUUGUACCUGCUAAGACAACCAAGGAUGUAUUUAAUGUUAUGUGACUUCUAGUCUGGCCAGCUCCCAUCAUUCCUUUGUAGUCGUUUACAAUCAAGAAACAGAAUCCAAGAUUCACUCUGCAAAGUGAACUGAGAAUGUCAAGCAUUGUGGCAGCCUUCACAAAUAAAACAGCUUCAAAAAGUCAUUUGCUUCAGAGAGGGAAGAAAUGGGAAGUCACACUUUCCAAAGUCAGUUUCCGAUUUGCUUGUUUGAUUAGGUAAAGGUAAAGGGACCCCUGACCGUUAAGUCCAGUCAUGGACGACUCUGGGGUUGUGGUGCUCAUCUCGCUUUAUUGGCCAAGAGAGCUGGCGUACAACUUCCAGGUCAUGUGGCCAGCAUGACUAAGCCGCUUCUGGCGAACCAGAGCAGCGCACGGAAACGCUGUUUACCUUCCCGCCGGAGCGGUACCUAUUUAUCUUCUUGCACUUGAUGUGCUUUCAAACUGCUAGGUUGGCAGGAGCUGGGACCGAGCAACGGGAGCUCACCCCGUUGCUGGGAUUCGAACCGCCAACCUUCUGAUCGGCAAGCCCUAGGCUCUGUGGUUUAGACCACAGCGCCACCCGCGUCCCUGCUUGUUGAUUAGAAGCAUUGUUUGAUUAGAAGCAUUUAAUACUUGAUUUGGAGCUCAGGAUUCAUUUCCAUAAUGCCUGUUUAAUUUUAAACUAAAUUCUAAUUCUCCCAACUAUUUUGUUUCUCAAUAGGAUAGCAGCCAACGUUUUUCACACUUGUAUCUGGAGUAAUUUUAGAAGUAUUAUGAAAGCCUUUGGGAGUUUUUUGAACAGUGGCUGGAGAAAGAAGAUUCUCGACUGUAACUGGGUAAAUUGCAUAUUAUUUUGCAUUUGCAAUUUUUCGACUGAGGGGCUGGAAAGAAGAAAAAAAGGUAGUAAAAGGGAAUUUGGAAUCUUGCAGUGCAGUCCUAUACUUGUCUCCUUGUAAGCUGAACUCCAUUUAGUUCAAUGGAGCUCACUCCCAAGUUAAAUAGAAUUGCAUUGUCAGCCUGCAGUUCAGCCCACUUUUGUGCUUUGGCCUGAUGGUUUUCAUAGAACUGAACUAUAAAGGUUUGUGGCUUAUGCUGCUAUUAGGUUCCUGCCCAGUUUUGCUUGUGUUUCCUUGAGAACUAUUACAGUAAUAGCAAAUCAGGAUGACCUCUAUAUAAAUGCAUAGACCGUUGCCAGUGAAUGCCAGAAAAAAGUGUGCUUCCCUGUAACCCCCAAAUUAGUGCAAAACAGGAUUUAUGGGUUGGAUCCAGAGAGGCAGUCUGUUCUGAUAUGCUUACUGAGAAGUAAGCCUCACUGAGUUCAAUGAGAUCUCCUGCCAGAUAGGGGUACAAUCUUGCGCUCGAAUUCUCAUUAAAAUAACUGGACUUAAGUCAUGGCUAUCUUUUCACAUCAGUCUCAAUGGGUACAAAAUCCAACUUGAUGUGUUAUGCUUUGUGCUGGCAGAUCCUGCAUUAACUAAUUACUCUUUCCUCCUCCGUUUUCCCUAAAUUUCCAAGGGAGCAAAAAAUAAUGAUUGUAAGCUUUCUAUAUUUACCUUUUUAGAAAAGUUCUUGAAGGGGUUAUGGGUGGUGUCCAUCGCAGCACUGCCUAAGCCCAUCAUCAUCAUAAUAAUACCUUUCUUGUCAAUGUACAACCUGUGUACAAUGAAAUUAACUGAGCCUCCCUCCCCCUCUAACACUGAAUCUCAUUGCACUCUGUGUGCUUGUCGCACACACACCAACCCCGAAAGUCAGUUGCACUAUAUUAUUUUCCGUUCAGCAGCCUAACAGCCCACAGAUAGAAACUGUUUUUUAGCCUGUUGUUACGACUGAUUAUACCUAUAUAUCUCCUGCCUGAGGGUAGAAGAUUAAAAAGGUGCUGGCCAGGGUGUGAAUUGUCCCUGAGAAUUUCAUAGAAUCUUAGAGUUGGAAGAGACCACAAGGGCCAUCGAGUCCAACCCCCUGCCAAGCAGGAAACACCAUCAGAGCACUCCUGACAUAUGGUUGUCAAGCCUCUGCUUAAAGACCUCCAAAGAAGGAGACUCCACCACACUCCUUGGCAGCAAAUUCCACUGUCAAACAGCUCUUACUGUCAGGAAGUUCUUCCUAAUGUUUAGGUGGAAUCUUCUUUCUUGUAGUUUGGAUCCAUUGCUCCGUGUCCGCUUCUCUGGAGCAGCAGAAAACAACCUUUCUCCCUCCUCUAUGUGACAUCCUUUUAUAUAUUUGAACAUGGCUAUCAUAUCACCCCUUAACCUCCUCUUCUCCAGGCUAAACAUGCCCAGCUCCCUUAGCCGUUCCUCAUAAGGCAUCGUUUCCAGACCUUUGACCAUUUUGGUUGCCCUCCUCUGGACACGUUCCAGUUUGUCAGUGUCCUUCUUGAACUGUGGUGCCCAGAACUGGACACAGUACUCCAGGUGAGGUCUGACCAGAGCAGAAUACAGUGGCACUAUUACUUCCCUUGAUCUAGAUGCUAUACUCCUAUUGAUGCGGCCCAGAAUUGCAUUGGCUUUUUUAGCUGCCGCAUCACACUGUUGGCUCAUGUCAAGUUUGUGGUCAACCAAGACUCCUAGAUCCUUUUCACAUGUACUGCUCUCAAGCCAGGUGUCACCCAUCUUACUCUUCACUUUGUGCCUUCACUUUCAUUUCUUCACUCUCAUUUCCUCACUCUUCACUUUGUGCCCUUGCCCCCAGCAGUGAAGAAGAGCAAAGGCUUUACCUUUCAAUUAAGCUUGGGAACGCUUUCAUCAAAACUACACUUGGUAGAUUGGUUGGUCCUAACAAAGGCAUUUCCUAUUAUUAUUAUUAUUAAAGCAGCACUAGCAUUGCGCAAACAGGGAGCUUUUCAUGUGGGAGAGAAUCCCAAGAUGUGAAGAACAAACAUUUUGCUGCUCCUGAAUUCUGAACUGGUGCAGCUGAGGAAGUACAUGAUGCCCACAUUGCUGGACUCCCCAUCAUUUAUUUUACAAAUUGAUAAACCACUCCACAGCCUGAGGAAAUCAAAGCCGUGCACAGUGUUGAGAAGAUAACGUGCAAAACAAGCAGAUUCAAAAAAGCAUUCAAAGCAUUCCUGCAAGCCAUAAAAGCAUUCCUGUAGUUGUGCAAUUAAUAUUUUGUAAAUGACUGGGACACACUUCUGGGGAAGCCUUCUUAAACAAAAAUGCCUUUGUUAUGAGGCUGAGGGGAACUGGAGUCCCCAAAACCAGGGCUGCAGGUCAGCCACCCUGGAACUACCGCAGGUGAUUUUUUCCCUGCUCUCAUUCUCUAAUUCUUGUGGUAUUUAAUCAGUUUAUUCUUUUCCUAAACAGAUUCUUUGGGUCCCUCUGAACUGCGUGUGCCAGAAAUGGUGGCCAGCCGUGCUGCUUGCUAUUUUGAUUUGGGGUCUGGUCACUUACGGACUGCAGGAUUAG